AUGUCCUUUAUAUUUGUAUCUGAUGAAAUUGAUAUGCCUGAUUCACCAUCAACAGAAAUUAUUAAAAAUAAUAAAUUAUAUAUAGUAUUUUUUUAUAUAAUUUAUUUAGACAAACUAGAAAUUUGUAUUUAUAAAUUUAAUAAUGAAUACAUUACUUGUAAAAAAACUUCCAAAAAAAAUGAAGAUGUGAUUAGUAAUAAAUUGAAUCAAGAGUUUUCUUUUAAUUCUAGAUUUGAUGAUAUUGAGGCUAUUCAUGAUAGAUUUAAAAUAUAUAGAUAUUUUUUAAAUGAACUUGAGUUUGAUAUUUUAAAUAAAAGAAAAAUAGAUGAAUUAAAUAAAAUAGAAUUAAAUGAAAUUGUUAUAGAAAAAAUUGAAAUUACAAAACAAACAAGUUCAUUUAUUUUUGGAAUUGUUAGAGCACCUGGAGUUGGAAAGACAUUUGUAAUUAGUCAAUUUAAAAAUUAUUUAAUUGAUAAGAGAAUUAAUGAAGAAGAGAUUUAUAUCACUAAAGAAUUUAAAGAAAUUAUUAAGGAAAUAGCCAAAAAACUUGAAAAUUUUAUUAAUAAAAUUAGUUUUGAUUGUGUUUUUAAUAUUAGAAAAGUAGAAAAUGAGGAGAAUGAUGGUAUUUCAUUUGAAUCUGAACAACUUGUUUUUAGUUAUAAAAAUGUUGAUGAGAGAGAUUAUGAUAAUAAAUUUCCUGUUUAUUGUGAAUUCAAGAUUAAUGAUGAAAAUGAACAAAAUAAUAAUACAAAAAUACAAAAAAUACUUAGUUUUAUAACACCUUUAAAUUAUACAAGUUGGUCUAUAGACACUAAAGAUGUUUUUGAAAAAAAAUUUCAUUUUUUACAAGUAUUUUUUAUGAAUCAUAAUAUCAAAAAACAAAUAAUUAAAAAAAUACAAAUAAUUAUUAAGAAUAAAGAUGAAGGGUAUAAAAUAUUUAAUUUAUAUAAAGAUGAUAUUUUAACUCUUUAUUUAGUUUUUAUAGCACCAAAAACUCAAGUUAUUAUUGAUAGAAUUAAAAGAGAAUUUCCAUUAUCUAAAACCUUUAGAACAAAUAGAACAUUAUCUAAAGAUAUGUAUCAAAAUAAAUUUAAUUAUAGAAUGUUAAAAUUUGAAGAUGAUUUUGAUGCAUAUAUAUUAAUAUAUUUUGAUUAUGAUACUGUUGAUAUUAUAAAUUUAAGAGUUUUUACUAAAUUUAUACAAGAUCAAGCAUUUAUGAGUAAUUUUUGGCAAGAUUAUAUUACUAUAAAUACCAGUAAAAAAACUAAACAUUAUUAUCUUAAAAUAAAUGCUACUGAUGAAUAUGAUCAACAAACAAUGUUUAGACAACAUUUUGAAAUAUUAGCAAAUUGGAAAUUGAAUGAUAUAUUAAAAAUGCUCAAGUUGAAUCCAAAAGAUGAUUUAGAAAUUAAAAAGAUGUAUGAAAUAUUAUAUAAUUAUUAUCAAGAAAAUUAUAAUGAAGAAGAAAAAAAAAGCAAU